AUGCUGAUAGAAGACGAAGAGACAGAAAGGCAUAGCGAUGUGAAUCCCUCAAAACCCUCGUCUUCCACCAACAAAGAUGCCUCUGAUGGUUUCGAAACUGCCAGCGACGGCGAACUUGGACCCAAUGGUAGCGACAACGACCACGAAACCCAACAACAGCCCCAAGUCCAAGAGGAGCAGCAGAGUCUCUCUCAGACCGACGACUUGAAACAGAAAGCAUUUGAACAAGCAAAUGAUGUCAAAUUGGAAGGCAAUAGACUGUUUGGCAGUGGGCAAUAUGAAGAGGCAUUAUCACAGUAUGUGCUUGCUUUACAACUUGCACCUGACAUGCCAUUAUCUGUGGAAUUACGUUCAAUAUGUCACGCAAACAGUGCAAUAUGCUUCUCGAAAUUGGGAAAAUAUGAGGACGCAAUCAAGGAAUGCACAAAAGCGCUAGAACUAAAUCCUUCAUAUAUGAAAGCUCUGCUUAGAAGAGCAGAAGCUCAUGAAAAACUAGAGCAUUUUGACGAGGCUAUUGCCGACAUGAAAAAAAUCUUGGAACUUGAUCCUUCAAAUGACCAAGCCAAGAAGACCAUUCACCGCUUGGGCCGCUGGCUGAAGAAAAGAGAGAAAAGAUGA